CGCGCGCAUUUGGCGCCCACCCGCAAGGUGACCUCUACGGCAGUCCCGCUCUCUGAAACCGUCAGUCAGCCGGUUCGUCUCGAAAAUUUCAGUAUCGCUCGACGAGAAAAUGUCGAAGCCACAAAGCGACACGGAAAGAAGAAAGCAGAUUUCGGUGAGAGGAAUCGCAGAGCUCGACGAUGUCAACGAGAUCAAGAAGACUUUCAACAGGCAUCUGCACUACACCCUGGUCAAAGACAGGAAUGUGUCCACCUCCAGGGAUUACUAUUUCGCCUUGGCCAACACUGUAAGGGACCACUUGGUGUCCAGAUGGAUCAGGACCCAGCAGUACUACUACGAAAAAGACCCAAAGAGAGUUUACUACCUCUCCUUGGAGUUCUACAUGGGCAGAUCCCUGCAGAACACCAUGAUAAACCUUGGCAUCCAAAGUCCAGUCGAUGAAGCUCUCUACCAACUCGGUUUGGACAUUGAGGAACUCGAAGAGUUAGAAGAAGACGCCGGUCUGGGUAACGGAGGUUUGGGUCGUCUUGCGGCUUGCUUUCUAGACUCCAUGGCCACUCUUGGUAUGGCCGCUUAUGGUUAUGGUAUCAGGUAUGAGUACGGUAUUUUCGCGCAAAAGAUCGUUAACGGCGAGCAACAGGAGGAACCCGAUGAUUGGUUGCGUUAUGGUAACCCAUGGGAGAAAGCAAGGCCUGAGUACAUGAUCCCCAUCAAUUUCUAUGGGCAUGUUAUUGAUACCCCACAGGGCAGGAAAUGGGUUAACGCCCAACAAGUAUACGCUUUGCCUUACGAUAACCCCAUCCCUGGUUAUCAAAAUAAUGUUGUCAACACUUUGAGGUUGUGGUCAGCCAAGUCGCCUGUAGAUUUCAACUUGAAGUUCUUCAACGAUGGUGAUUACAUUCAAGCCGUAUUGGACCGUAAUCUGGCCGAAAACAUCUCUCGGGUUUUGUACCCCAACGAUAACUUCUUUGAAGGCAAAGAGUUGCGCCUUAAGCAAGAAUAUUUCAUGUGCGCUGCCACUCUAUCCGACAUCAUCCGCAGAUUCAAGUCGUCACAAUUCGGAACCCGUGAAGCUACAAGAACCAACUUCGAUCUUCUACCCGAAAAAGUUGCGAUUCAGCUCAACGACACUCAUCCAUCCUUGGCCAUCCCCGAACUGAUGAGGGUGUUGGUGGAUAUCGAGAAAUUGCCGUGGGAAAAGGCGUGGGAGAUCACCGUGAAAACUUGCGCUUACACCAACCACACCGUCCUUCCUGAAGCUUUGGAAAGAUGGCCUGUGACUAUGUUGGAAAGCAUUCUCCCGAGACAUCUCGAGAUCAUCUACCACAUCAACUUCCUGCACAUGAAGAAUGUCGAGAAGAAAUGGCCCGGCGAUUUCGAUAAAAUGAGGGCCAUGUCUUUGAUUGAAGAAGACGGCGAGAAGAGAGUCAACAUGGCUCACUUGUCCAUCGUGGGAUCUCACGCAGUCAACGGUGUGGCCAGAAUCCACUCCGAGAUCAUCAAAGCCGAUUUGUUCAAAAACUUCUACGAAUUGACGCCCGAGAAGUUCCAAAACAAGACCAACGGAAUUACACCGCGCAGAUGGGUUUUGCUUUGCAACCCAGGCCUUUCAGACUUGAUCUCGGAGAAAAUCGGCGAGAACUGGAUCGUCCACCUGGACGAACUGCAGAAGUUGAAGAAGUGGGCCAAGGACCCAAACUUCCAACGCGCCGUCGCCAAGGUUAAGCAAGAAAACAAACUAAAGCUUGCUCAGCUGUUGGAAAAGCAAUACAACGUGAAAAUCAACCCUGCUAGCAUGUUCGAUAUUCACGUGAAACGCAUCCACGAGUACAAAAGACAACUCUUGAACUGCCUGCACAUCAUCACCAUGUACAACAGAAUCAAGAAAGACCCCACCUUGAAGGUGACACCGAGAACCAUCAUGAUCGGUGGUAAAGCCGCCCCUGGAUACUACACGGCCAAAAAAAUCAUCAAACUCAUCUGCGCUGUCGGCAAAGUAAUCAACAACGACCCCGUCGUGGGGGAAAAACUCAAGGUUAUCUUCUUGGAGAACUACAGAGUCACCUUGGCCGAAAAAAUCAUUCCUGCUGCCGAUUUGAGCGAGCAAAUCUCCACCGCAGGUACCGAGGCCAGUGGUACGGGUAACAUGAAGUUCCAGCUGAACGGAGCUCUCACCAUCGGUACCCUCGAUGGUGCCAACGUUGAGAUGGCGGAAGAGAUGGGCAACGAAAACAUUUUUAUCUUCGGCAUGACCGUCGAUGAUGUGACCGCGUUGCAGAAGAAGGGCUACAACGCGUAUGAUUACUACAGUGCCAAUCCCGAAUUGAAACAGGUUGUCGACCAGAUCCAGAACGGUUUCUUCAGCCCGGAAAACCCCGAUGAAUACAAAGAUAUCGCUGAUAUUCUUCUGAAGUACGACAGAUUCCUUCUUUUGGCCGAUUACGAGGCCUAUAUUAAGAAACAGGAAGAAGUCAGCGCAGUUUAUCAAAACCAAGCCAAAUGGUUGGAAAUGGCGAUAAACAACAUCGCCACAUCCGGUAAGUUCUCCAGUGACCGUACCAUCAUCGACUACGGAAGAGAAAUCUGGGGAAUCGAACCAAGUUACGAAAAACUUCCCGACCCAUCUGUACCUAGAGAAAUCGCGUUGAAAGGCAACUAAAGCAAUACUACCAACUGUCGUGCAGUUAAGGCACUAGAAAAAGUUAUUUAUUACACAAAGUUUUUAAUAUAAAGUUUAAUAUGCGAAUGCAUACAUUUGGAAGAUAAAUUCUUUAUAAGAAAAUGAAUCUUUAUUAGAUUGUUAAAAAUUGAUAAAUAGUGUAAAUGUAUAGGGAAAUAAUGUUCCAAUUCUUAACAUGUAAGAAAUCUCUGUGUAUUUUACAAUUUCACAUUUUGUUUACGUUUUGCUAUGAUGCCAUUACGGUGCUAUUUUUGUUUAAUAUUGUUUAAAGUUAUUAAAUAAUAAAGUAUAUUUAAGUAUUUA